AUGGGGUGCAACGUCGACGGCACGCGAUAUAUAUUCAGGGGUGGGGGGCAGCCAGCCCUGCCUUCGACGGAGCCCUGCCCCUGGGGGUCAGAGAGCGCACCACCACCACGCCUCCAACGGUGCUCUCGGUCGAGGGACACGGCUGCUUGCACAGAGGGCUGCAGUAGCGCCGCCGCCGCCGCCGCCGCCUCGAAACUUCCCGGCCCGGCCUCGACCGGCUCGUGUGGGGCUGUCGCGUCCCGCCUGUGGCUGAGCCAAUGGGCUGGGCUGCGUCGGGGCUCACACUGCCCCCUGCGGAGGCGGACCUCGGCGGCGUCGAGCGGGAGCCGAGCGGACUAUGCUAAAGCCCUCGGCGCCGGGGCAGCGGCUGCGGGAUCUGCGCGGGGACCGUGCUGGUGGCGGCGGCGGGAUCCCAGCCCGGGAGGGGGCGCGCGGCGGGGGUGGCUGGCGCCGAGGCAGAGGGAGAGCUCCCUGCCCGGGCAGGAGGAGCCCCUCGCCGCCGCCGCCAGAGCGCUGGGAGUCGCCGCGGCGGCGCGGAGAGGCGGCCAUGCGGGGGGCUGGCUGCUGCUGGCUUGGUGGGCAGCCCUCCUCAAUAUGGUCCUCGACUUCCACGGCGCCGGCAGCUGCCCGCUCGUCUCCAGCCCGCGGCGCUGCUUCGCGCCCCACGCUCCCCGCCAGCUGGGCUCCGGCGGCGCGGCGGCGGCGGCGGCGAUGAUUUCGGGUUCGCUGCACCCGCCCCGCUUAGGGAUAGGCGGCAAGCUCUUGCAAGGGGUCACGGUCAGCCCCGGGGGAGGCGGGCAUGCGGGCAGCGGCGUCGGUAGCGGCGCCGGCAGCAGCAGCAGCCCCAGCCCGGGCUUCGUGGACGUGGGCAACGACACGCAGUGCGGGGAGCAGAUCCUGAGCUACGGCAACGUGGAGAAAGUGGUCAUCGGGGCCGCGCUGUCGCUCAUCACCCUGCUGACCAUCGCCGGCAACUGCCUGGUGGUCAUCUCCGUCUGCUUCGUCAAGAAGCUCCGGCAGCCCUCCAACUAUCUCAUCGUGUCGCUGGCGCUGGCCGACCUGUCGGUGGCCGUGGCCGUCAUGCCCUUCGUCAGCGUCACCGACCUCAUCGGCGGCGAGUGGAUCUUCGGCAGCUUCUUCUGCAAUGUCUUCAUCGCCAUGGACGUGAUGUGCUGCACCGCCUCCAUCAUGACCCUCUGCGUGAUCAGCAUCGACAGGUACCUUGGAAUCACCAGGCCUCUCACGUAUCCCGUAAGGCAGAAUGGGAAGUGUAUGGCUAAAAUGAUCCUGAGCGUGUGGCUGCUGUCGGCUUCAAUUACUUUGCCGCCCCUCUUUGGCUGGGCUCAGAAUAUCAAUGACGACAAAGUUUGCCUCAUCAGCCAAGACUUUGGUUACACCAUUUAUUCCACGGCGGUGGCGUUUUACAUUCCCAUGUCCGUGAUGCUUUUCAUGUACUACCAGAUCUUCAAAGCCGCCAAGAAGAGUGCGGCCAAACAUAAAUUCGCCGGUUUCCCCCGCCCCGAAGAAAACGAAGGGAUCGUUUCGGCAAACGGCAUCGUGAAACUACACAAGGAAUCGGAAGAGUGCACAAAUUUUUCGCGGCUGCUUAAGCACGAGCGGAAGAACAUCUCCAUCUUCAAGAGGGAGCAGAAAGCUGCCACCACCUUGGGGAUUGUUGUCGGGGCGUUUACGGUGUGCUGGCUGCCGUUUUUCAUACUUUCCACCGCCAGACCCUUUAUCUGCGGGACGUCUUGCAGUUGUAUCCCGCUGUGGGUCGAAAGGACAUUUCUCUGGUUGGGUUAUGCAAACUCUCUCAUCAACCCCUUUAUAUAUGCCUUCUUCAAUCGGGACCUGAGGACAACCUAUCGCAAUCUGCUGCAAUGCAGAUAUAGGAAUAUCAACCGUAAGCUAUCGGCCGCAGGCAUGCACGAGGCCCUGAAGCUUGCUGAAAAGCCAGAGUUUGUUCUGAGGAGCUCUGAUUACUCAAGAAAAAAGAGCCAUGACUUAUGACUGGAUGCAGAUGAAACAGUCAUAUGAUGAAUAAGGCACUGCUGCGCAAGGAACAGCAUUGAAGAUUCAACCUGCAAGGAGAAUGUGAUGGGCUCAGGAAACACACAGGGUCUUCUUGGGAAGGGGAUACUGUAAAGAAAGUCAAUGAGCUUGGUAUAUUGUAUUAAAUGUACUUCAGCGGAAUACAGUGAUAUCUCUUUUAAUCGCCUUUUCUUUUCUUCAGCUGAACCGAUGACCAUUGUGUACAAAUAAACCAUUUUCUUUG